CAGACAUUGUUCCUGCCCAGCAACGACUCAGCAUUCUACCUCAGUGUUCAGUAAACGAGCUGCUAAUGCCUCAAGAGGUUACAUUGCACCUCUAAUAAUCCGUAGUUCUGAAAAGCCGUUGGAAUUUGAGAGCCGAUUACUCACUUUAACACACUGCAGCAACAAGACGACUUUUACUUCUUUUUGAUUUUUUGUGCUUUUUUAAGAGACCUCUUUCUGGAACACUUUGCCAGGAUUUUAAUUGAAGGUAUCAUAUGUUAGUUGUUUUAAUGAAGGUGCUACACUUUGUGAGCCAGCAUUCUUAUUGCAUUUUGUAGAUAUUUUAUGUGUUGAGAGAAAAUUAAUUCAGCAGGUGCUAGAACAACAUACUCUUUUUGCACUUCCAAGAAGUACUAUGCCGUUUGGUGACCUCUUAGACCAGGUGGGGGGCACGGGACGCUUUCAGAUCCUGCAUGUGACCCUUCUCUGCAUCCCUGUCCUGAUGAUGGCCAGUCACAACCUGCUACAGAACUUUGUGGCCGCGGUGCCUCCUCACUUCUGCAGCGCACACACGAACCUCUCUCAGUCCCAGCUGAGCCCAGAGGAAAUGCUGCUGGUCACAGUGCCACUAGACCAGAAAGGGAAGCCCGAGAGGUGCCGGCGUUACGUUGCUCCACAAUGGUACCUCCUGACUAAGAAUGGGACCUCCAGCUCAGGGGAGGCGGGAGACACUGAGGAUGGUUUGGAUGUUGGCCUGCAGGAAUGCACAGAUGGAUGGUCCUAUAACAUGACUGAGAGGAGCUCCACGAUCAUAUCUGAUUGGCAUUUGGUGUGUGAUCAGCGCUCUUUGAAGCAAAUGGGACAAACGGUCUACAUGGGAGGUGUGCUUGUGGGAGCUCUUUUCUUUGGAGGGCUUGCAGACAGAUACGGUCGACGAAUCCUUCUGCUCAUUUCUAACCUGCUGAUGGCAGUGGCGGGAACAUGUGCUGCUUUUUCGACCUCCUUCCCUCUCUUCUGCCUGUUCCGCUUUGGUUGUGGCAUGGCUCUAUCUGGCGUGGGGCUCAACACCUUCUCGCUCAUUGUGGAGUGGAUCCCCACUCGUGUGCGAACUGUGGUGGGGACAAUAACAGGUUACUGUUACACAGUGGGACAGUUGAGCCUGGCAGUAAUAGCCUACUUCAUCCGGGACUGGAGGUGGUUAACCCUGGCUGUGUCUUUACCCUACUUUGUCUUCUUCCUCAUCGCAUGGUGGUUUCAUGAAUCUUCAAGAUGGUUAGCUCUGAGUAAUAAGCCUGAACAAGCCAUCAAGAACCUUAAAAGUGUGGCCAAAUUUAAUGGACGUCAUGAAGAGGGAGAAAAAAUUGACAUUAAAAUGCUGCAAGAGUCCAUGAAGAAAGAGAUGUCCUGUUCGAAGGGCUCCUACACUGUUCUGGAUCUGUUCCGCACACCCACAAUGAGGAACAUAACAGUCUGCCUCAGUGCUGUCUGGUUAUCAACAAGCUUUGCCUACUAUGGUCUUGCUAUGGAUCUGCAAAAAUUUGGGGUGGACAUCUACUUAAUCCAAAUGAUCUUCGGAGCUGUUGACAUUCCUGCUAAAGUCGUCAUAACUGUGACUAUGAGUUAUAUUGGACGUCGUCCAUCACAAUGUGGCGCUCUCAUCGUCGCUGGAGUUACUAUUUUGAUCAACCUGCUGGUACCUUAUGAUAAACAGACUGCACGCACCUGUCUGGCUGUACUGGGUAAAGGUUGCCUUGCUGCCUCCUUCAACUGCUGCUACCUUUACUCUGGAGAACUGUACCCAACCAUCAUUCGGCAAAAUGGCAUGGGCUGGGUAUCCAUGAUGGCUCGUGUUGGAGCCAUGGUGGCCCCUAUGGUGCUUCUCACGACCGACUACUUACCUUGGCUACCGGGUUUAAUCUACGGGGGAGCUCCGAUUCUCAGCGGAGUGGCUGCAGUAUUUCUUCCAGAAACACUUGGCUCACCCCUUCCUGAUACAAUACAAGAUGUGGAGGACAGGGGAUCUGGGAGACGUUCCAAAAUGCCACCAAAGGAAACAGUAAUCCUGCAAGACACCCAGGCGAAUCUCCUAAAGCAGGCUGCCUGAGGGCAUCUGUAUUGUACUCCUGAUGUUUUUGCUGACAUGUUAAUGAAAGUUGAGUGGGUACUGUUUUUAUUCCAGUCUGUUUUUCUUUUGUUUGAUUUCCAUAUAGAGUUUAUUGUGUCAUAUGACUGCUGGACAAAUGGAGUUGCCAUGUUAUUUUUGGACAGGUCAAUAGAGUGAAAUGAAUAGCUCAAAACAAUCAGACCUAUGUUUACUUGUUAUACAGUAGCUUUGAGGAAUUUAGUCUGGAUUUGGACCAAUUGUGUUUUAUAUUUUUAAUAUCUGUGUUUAAAAAAAGAAUAUAUGCCUUUACAGGUUACACUCUAUGUUAUGUUUUCACUGGUAUUUUUUAUAACUUCUUAUUACUUUAUAAACAAUCCUGUAUUUGUGAACAAAAAUGUAUUUUCAUUAAGAGGUCGGCGAUGUUGUCCAUGACAUCAAAAUAACUCUAGUUACUAUUUUUAGGCAUUGACCUCAAUUGGUUAAGGUUAGGCAUUGACCCAGAACAGAUAAGGUUAGGCAUUGACCUUGAAUGG